AAUAAUUAUUUGCGACUCGCUUUGAAGCGAACUUAAUAUGAAACGAAAUAUUAUAAAAAAGAUGGAAUUUAUCGAAGUGAUUGUCUCAAAAAUUAACGUAAACAAAUUUGUUUACAUGAAAGAAGACGGCAAUGGUGCAUGUUACAAAAAAAGUGACAAGGGAAAAGUUUUAUUGCCUGAAAAUGAAGAAAAACAAACUUGGCAAGAUAUCAUUAAAAACGAACUGGAAAAUCAACUGAAACAUCCCCCAAAUAAAAUAUCAUUUCGAAGACAUUUGGCUUAUGGGAAACGGGAAUUAUAUACUACUUUCGAAUGUUUUCACAAUAAUGAAAAUCGUCUCAGCUGGCGGCUCCCAAUUAAAGUAGAUGAGGAUUUAGCUACACGCAUCCAAUUCAAAUGCUCAGAUUGCAGAACUUAUCAUUCGUCCAUUUCUGAGAGCAGUGGGGAAACACAUGAUACUUUUCAAAGAAUGGCUAAAGUAGUAAAAUCAUUGGAAGAGAAGAUAGAUGAGCAUCUAAGAUAUUUAUCCAAACAUUCAUCGAAUAUUCCAAACACUUCAAACCGAUAUGCCUUAAAACGUCAUAUUUCAAUUGUUCGUGAAAAGAAAAAGGAUUUUUCAAGUAAAAUUCCUAAAAGAAAUAAUCAUCAGUAAAAUAAUGCAACAUUUUGUUUUACCUUUUUCUUUUUGUCACUCGUAAAUAUAAUUUGAAGCAAAAUGAAAAUAAUAAAUCUGAAAUAAAGA